AUGGGCUAUGUGACAGCUGGGUAUCCGAGCAGGCCACAUAAACGCGUGAAGAAGCAAGAAAGACGGGUCUACUACGAUCGGAAACGACUCAAAGUUAAUGAGAUAGACGAACGAAGAGAUCUGCAAUUGCGAGAUCGUCUAAGAGGGCCUGCCUCGCUUCAAUUGCUACCAACAGAUGUACUGGAACGAAUUUUUACUCUUGCCGGGCGCGAGAACUCAAUGCCGGUCCUGAAUCGAUUUUUUCAGCGGUGCUUGCGCCCAACUAGAUAUUUGGUGAGCCGCUUUAUACUCGAGAACUAUACCCAAGACCUAAAUUCACUAUUGCCUCGCGAUUCCCCUGUGUUACUGGUGUUGUUGGAUGUCACCUUCCGCAAUGGAACGCUCUUGCAAUUCCUGAACGAGAAUCCUCAGUUUCUGGACUGUGUUCAUGAUGCGGUGGUGUCGCCUGAUCAAGCGGACGAGCUAUCGCGUGAACGUCGAAUUUUGUUGGAACAGGGUCGUCUCGAGGACAUUAAUGCUUUGCACUGGCAGACAGAGAUGCAUCCUGAAAGCAACAAGCCUAUGCGCGAGUUUCCGGCGGCCUUUUAUCAACGCCCAGCGCUGUUUUUUGAAAAUGAAAUAUCUAAACGGCCUGUCACGUACAAUCAGCUAUUAUUGAGGCUGCAAUCUUCCUAUGCAAUCCAGCAGCCUGCUUGGGUUUGCGACUUACUCAUUGAGUGGUUUUUCCUUGAAAAUGAGAAUUUUGACAUUAAUCAUUUGUUCCACGCAGUAAACCUGGUGCUCCACUUGUCUGUGAAUGACCGUCCACGGUUUGAAGAUGUGAGUCCCCUCACGAAAUUGAUCACCUACAUGUACCUAGAUGUCACGGAUCACCUGCUGCAGCUGUUGUUGUGUGAGAACUUGGAAGAUGUUGGCCUGAUACGCGAACGUAAAGUCAAAAUUGUGAAUAAAUUCAUUCGCAAGUUUUACAGAGGCAGUACGGAAUUGCUUUCAACCGAUGAACUGUGGAUGACAGUUCACGAGGUUAAAGAUCGCCGUCUAGUUGAGUCCAUCAGCGACUAUGGAGGCAAGCCAAGCUUCAACGUUGUCAAAUAG